AUGAGCCAGUUGUCAUUUUUGAGAUCGGGGUCGAGGCCGCGGAGACUCGUGGAUUUGCCACUGGCAUGCCGCCGACGAUAUUCGACGUAUACGUUGCCACUCCAUGAAUACGCAUCUCCCGAUACCAUUACCGAAUCUACAUCUCAUGCACCAGCAGCCAGCUCGGACUCAAUAAAGGACAAAUUGGCGCAUCUACCUUCGCGGAAUAUCACGGACUCCUAUAGAUUGAGCUCGAUCUUUGCCUCCGCCAUUCCUUUGCAAAACGCCGGUGUCGCCGAUACCGCGCCGAUCAAGAGCAGAAUCUCGCGCAUGAUUGAUCAGCGCGAUUUCGAACAAUUGGGACAAUUGCUCGAGAUUUGGUCUCGCGAGGAUGUCGAUGGUAUGAUUGGGACGUUGGGCCGAGAAGCAAUCUCGCAUUACAUCGGGUUGCUCGUUGAGUCGGCCAGGAAGUCCAUGUUUGACCAACUGGCGACUAAACCCUUGGUGGAUGAGAAUGGUGGUCCAGGCAAGGACGCAUUGGGCACCAAGACCUAUGUGACUAUUCGAGAGGGCAUGCCGGGCCGCAUUGGCAACAUUUACCAGAAUAUACUUUACAAGGAGAAAAUGGACCAUUAUUAUCGACGCGAGAGAAGACACGAUGUGUACAAUAGCGAGCAUGCCACGGGUUAUAAAUUGACCAAAGGUGAUUUUGAAAACUUGAUGCAGUUGGAAACCAUUUUGAAAAAACAGGAUUUGGCCUCGAAAUGGUUUCGUGUUUUCAGAACGCAGUAUGGUAGUGAUUGGAAAGUGCACAUGACGCCUAAAUUGUGGACCUUGGUUAUUCAAACUGAGAAAUUCGGCAACAAUAGAGUUUGGAAUGUUAAGCCGCUGAAAUUGUCGGGGUUUUGGCGUGUUAAUGCACGGUCGAAAUUCAAGCCCAAUAUGGAAAUCUUUUUGCGUGAUAUUGAAGAGCCGUUGACGGAGUUGAGUUUGGAUUUCCACAUUGCCGUGCUUGACUCGUUUGCCUAUGCGGGCGAUUUGAAAUCGCUCAGGGCCUAUAUUCAGGCAAUUUGGGGCAUCGAUGCAACUGGAGCGCUCGUGGGAGAGCCAGGAGUGGCCCGCGAUAGCGGCUUAUAUCCCACGGCUGCCUUUUUAACCAGUGUAUUGAAUGGAUUUGCUUACAAUGACGAGUUUUUCACGGGCAUCAAGUAUAUCAACACCAUCAUGGCCUCAUACCAGAUCGACCGCAAGGGGAUGAAGUCGCUUUGGGAGAAAAUCUUUGUGUGGGCGGACAUUUCGACCCUCUUUGAUGAAAACAAGGCUCUCGUUGCCUUUUUGGAGGAAAGCAAGUUCCCUCAGGGCGCCCAUGUCUCGCUCGAGGCCGCGAAGAACGAUGCCAAUUUUGAUUUCGAAGGGUUUCUUCUGUUUUUGACGAAAUUGAAAAAUGACCGCACCGCCACUUUCAGCCAGAUUUGGAGGGCGUUGCAAGAAGAUGAAACGGUUCUCUUUUCCAACAAGAUUUACAGAGUAUACCGCGACUUCUUGCUUCAAGAGCAGGACGCCGGCAAAUACUACGACUACUUGAGCUGCUUGCUGAAGCAGUACCACCAAUACCAAGUCAAUAAACACUCAUUCACCCAGCGGUCGAAUUUGGGGUUCCACACGGAAAUCGAUUUCCUGCGAGGGGUGGAAAAGCUUUACUUGAUGGCGAUGAAAGACCUCAUCAACUUGAAAGGCUUUUCGUUAGAGUAUGGCCAGAUCCCGGCAAUCAUCAGUAAAUGGAGUCUAGACGACAAGAUGGAACGAUAUUUGACGAAAUGGGUGCAAGGGAAACAAAUGGAAAAGUAUAGACAUGCGGUUGACGAGAUGAGGAAGAAGUUUGAAAACGACCUUGCUCAAGAAGACGACCCGUUAUUAGACUUGAUGUAG